AUGGGGAACGGUGCAAACACCCAGGAAAAGGUAUGGUUUGGGUUUUAUUUGGCUGUCCUCGUUUUUUGUGGAGACCAGGUUCGGGCUCAGCUAAGGUAUUCUGUUCCAGAGGAGGUUAAAGAUGGAACCGUCGUAGGAAACAUCGCCAAGGAUCUUGGACUUGACAUAGGCAGCUUGAGCGAUCGACGUUUCCGCGUCGUGUCCGGAUCCAAGGAGGCCAUUUUUGAGGUUAAACAGAACAAUGGGGCUCUGUAUGUGUGCAAACAUAUAGACAGAGAGGAGCUGUGCCAGGGUGGUGCUCCUUGUCUUGUGGAGCUCAAAAUCCUCGUGGAAAACCCACUUGAAAUCCAUUACGUCCUGGUUGAAAUCGUUGACGUGAACGACCACUCUCCCAGCUUCCCAGAAGCCGAGCAGACGUUCGAAAUAGCUGAACACACUUUGCCGGGGAGGAGAUUUCAAUUGCACACAGCCAGGGAUCCAGAUGCGGGGAUCAACUCCAUCAGUACGUAUGUGUUGACUCAAAAUGAUCAUUUUGAGGUUAAUAUACGCCAAAGCGAUGUUGGAAAGGUUCCCUUUCUGGUGCUGAAGAGAUCUUUGGACCGGGAGCAGAAAGCCAAACAUUUGCUGCUUGUCACAGCAGUAGAUGGAGGUAAACCUCCACGUUCAGGCACUUUAAAUGUGUCCAUUAUCGUCCUUGACAGCAAUGACAAUAGACCUAUAUUUAGUAACGACAUUUAUGAAAUUAUGAUUGCAGAAAAUAUAAAAAUGGGCACGAUAAUAUUUAAAAUGAAUGCAUCAGAUCCAGACGAAGGCCUGAAUGGAGAAAUUGAAUACACCUUUUCAAAAACAUUAAGUAGACACGUGUAUGAUCUAUUUGAAUUAGAUAAAGUAACUGGAGAGAUUCGUGUCAAAGGAAAAAUUGAUUUUGAAGAAAAUGAUGUUUAUGAACUAGAUGUUGAAGCGUCAGAUAAAGCGACACCUCCUCUGACAGGAGAGUGCAGAAUUAUAAUAAAGAUAAGAGAUGUAAAUGAUAAUACUCCUCAAAUAGAAGUCACAUCAUUGUCAAAUAAAGUGUCUGAAGAUUCCAAACCCGGUACUGUUAUUUCCCUUAUUAGUGUAACAGAUAAAGAUUCUGAUGUGAAUGGCAAAAUUAUUUCUCAAAUAACAAAUAAUGUACCAUUUGAAUUAAAGCCGUCUUACAAGGAGAACACAUAUUCGGUUGUCACCAAAACAUUUUUGGAUAGAGAAGAUGUUUCAUUUUAUGAAUUAAUAAUCAAAGCUACUGAUUGUGGAGAGCCUCCCUUAUCUGCAUUUAAAACUUUAAGCAUCCAAGUGGCUGACGUGAAUGACAAUAGACCACAUUUUCAACAAACUACACUAGAGUUUUAUGUUUUAGAAAACAACGUUGCAGGAGCAUCUAUAUUUUCGGUUAGUGCAUCGGACAAAGACGUGGAUGAAAAUGCAGCCAUUUCGUAUCAAAUAUAUAGAGCCGGUAAAGUGAAUGACAUUGCUUCUUUCUUAAACAUUCACUCUGAAAAUGGGCAAAUAUCAGCAUUAAAAAGUUUUGACUUUGAGACGCUGAAAAGUUUCCAUUUCCAAGUGGUGGCCACAGAUGGUGGGAGUCCUCCACUGAGCAGCAACGUGACAGUCAACGUGUUCAUUCUUGAUCAAAACGACAAUGCUCCAGUCAUCCUGUAUCCCUUAAGCUCCAAUGGUUCUGCUGAAGGUGUAGAGGAUAUUCCCCGCAAUAUGAAAGCAGGCGACUUGGUGGCUAAAGUCAGAGCGUAUGAUGCUGAUAUAGGAUAUAACGGCUGGUUACUCUUUUCAUUUGGCCAAGUCACUGACCACAGUCUCUUUUCUUUGGACCGCUAUACGGGCCAGAUCAGAACACUUCGCACCUUGACAGAGACUGACGAGGCCGAGCAUCGAUUGCUCAUACUGGUCAAAGACAAUGGUAACAUCUCGCUCUCAGCAACAGCUACUGUGACUGUUAAACUUGUGGAGUCUAAAGAGGCGUUUGCUGCUUCGGAUGUCAAAAGCGCGGCAAAAUUGGACCAGGAGGAGGACAAUGUGACAUUUUAUCUCAUCAUCACUUUGGGCUCGGUCUCACUGCUUUUUGUCAUCAGCAUCAUUGUGCUGAUCGCUAUGCAGUGCUCCAAAUCCACAGAGUACACUUCCAAAUAUCUCCAAGAAACUAAUUAUGAUGGGACGCUCUGUCACAGCAUCCAGUACAGAUCGGGAGACAAACGCUACAUGUUAGUUGGACCCAGGAUGAGUAUUGGUUCUACUAUAGUCCCAGGAAGUCAAGCCAACACUCUGGUGCUCCCUGACAGGAGACACACUUCUGGGGAGGUAAGAGAGGUGCAUUGUUUCUUCUUCUUCAUGCUUGUGCUUAGUAGUGAAAUUACACAUCUGGGCAGUGUUGUGUCUGGGAUUCCUCCUUUCAACCAUUGCAUAUCAAGCAAAUGUAACUUUAUCUCACAAGGGUGGUAA